GACCGACGACUACAACAACAUGGACCACCCGUACAAACGCUUCUGCGAUAAUUAUGGGAAGUACCGCAAGUGCUCCGAGGUGAAUGUCCGCCAGUGGAGGGCGCGAGCUGAGCCGUCCGGCCCACUGCAGUGCAUGCUUUGCCCCUGCGGCACUGAUUUUGCGUUUCGGGAAGAGUUCAAGAAGCACGUGGGCGAGGAGCACGGUGGCGCGCAGCGGUACCGCAACGCGUAUCUGGCGCACAUGCAGCUGGCUCCUCACGUCGUCUCCGGCCAGGAGUGGCGCGCAAUCGUCGCCAAUUUCGCAGAGUUCUUCGGCCGAUCUGCAACCGACUGGGAGAAGCCUACCGAUGAGAUGGAGGCGAAGCUGCGGAGCGAGGAGGGCCUGCGCCCGGAAGUGCGCUGGCAACGACGCCACUUGCAGGCGUGCGCGUUCUGCGCCCGGUCCCACUGGGUGGAGGAGCUCCACAGCGAAUUCCUUGCUGGUCAGGACUGCUUCAUGGAUGAUCCGAACGCGGUCUGGAAGCUGCUGGACGUCGAGGUCUACCACCAGAGGUGGCCGAAUAUCCCCCUGGAAGAGCUGGGGAGCUCAGCCGUCAUCGUCGCUGCGUCCGGAACCACCCAUGAGAACGGGAAGACUGAGUACAAGGUGUUCUUGCACAAGCAUCGCGUCAGCCCGGAACAGGCAGCUGGCAGAGCGAGUGUCUACGUCUGCUCUGAGUGCAAAUGGGCAUUCGGAGGCCCUCGCCCGUUCCUCUGCAAGCAUGCUCUCGCGAACGACAUGUGGCUUGGCCGGUGGGGCCCACUCUUCCGCGAUGCAGACAAGUGCCCGUUGUCUUACCAGAUGCUCCUGGCCCUCGCGCGCGUGGUUUCCACCAAGAUUGUGCUGCGCCCAGAUGGGAGCAAGAACGAGACCUCCGACAGCACAGCGAACUGGGACUUCCUUUCCCGCCAGAGCGGCAUCGUCGGCACGGCGUUGCUCUUCCAGAACGCCGACUGCAAAUGGGCACUUGAGCAUUGGCCAGAUAAGAAGCUCCACGAGUCAUUCUCCGUCGCCUUCGUCGCCGACCCCGCGGCGGGAGACCGCCGAGAGCAGGCCAGGAAGUGCGUCUCCAAGAUUGCUCAACUCAUGGUGGACAGGCGCGCGUUCGAGACUCAGGUCGUGGCCGAGGGGCCGGCCGACGCCGCGGCUGCGGGGGAGGAUGACCGAAUGGGCGCAGACAUUGCUGCUGCGCGAGAGGCUCGCUACAUCGUGGCUUUCGAACCGCAGACGAAGGACUUCAGCCACGACAAAAACAAUGGCUCCAUGCAGAUCACGGCGCUGAUGCAACAGCUCGAGGAGCUUGAUAUUGCAGCGCAGCGCUCUUUGGCCGCCGAGGUCGAGUCCGCGUUGGAGGCAGCUGCCAUGGGCGAGCAGGAUUGGCAGCUGCAUUCGGAACCAUCAGACGCCGUGGGCACCAGCUCUGGAACCGUUCCACGUUUGGUGAUCCCCAAGGGGCCUACUCCUCUGUCCUACUGGGACUGGAAGAUUUGGACGAUGGUGAGGCCGAGUCUCUGGCGCUUCGGGGACGCGGCCAACCUGCAUCCUCACCGAAUAAAGCCACUCACGCUCAACGAGUGGAUGCGCUGCCUGCUCGCGCGGGAAGAGAUGGAGCACGACUUGCCCGGGGAAGAGCCGGGGGCCUUCAGGGUUUGCGACCGCAAGUCUCAGGCGGAAAUCAAUCGCUUCGCCAGCGACUUGGUUACGCUGCACUUCUUUUCGUCCAUCAGGGUGCUGGCGGCACAGCAGGGGUCGACGCGUGCCUUUCUGAAGAACGGAGGAAUCGCGUGGGCGCAGAAGCAUGAAAGCACGCCGCAGAUCAUGCGCGACGCGCUGAACAUAAUGCAGAUGGCCUCGGCGCGCGCCCUUGGCACAGGCGGCCAUCGUCGGCUCUGCCGUCACGGGGGCAACGCCUGCACCACUCUCUUCGGCCCGCCGCUGGAGUUCUGCGCGCCGAAUCUCGCGGGCGGAAAGCAGCCCUGCCUCCUGGCCAUGCAUAACCAGAAGUUUCAUCUGGACGGCGCGCGGGAUGUCGACGGAACUUGCCCCAGGUACCGGGAGAUGCUGCCGCGCUUGGCCAAGGAUCCAGUCGGGCAGACCCGCGUGUUCCACCUCAUGAUGCUCCUGUUCUUUCAGCACGUGCUGGGGGUGCGCCCAGAAUGCAUCGAGGGCAGGCGCGGCUCGAGGCGAUCGAAUCCGCGCGAUUGGUGCACCGAUGGCGCCGCGGCGUCUGCGUGCGCACCGGGCAUCUUUGGUCCUGUUCUCGCAUUCCGAGGAGAGAUCGAGGCUCAGGGUAGAAGUUCUCUGCAUCCGCACAUCCUCGUCUGGCUCGUGCUGCUGUCCGUGGCCGAGGUAGUCGACAUUCUACGUCGAGACACGGAGGAGAACUUCCAGCGGAAUCGCUACAACUGGAUGAAGGCGACGGUGGCCGCCGCGGAGUCCAUCAGCCAGAGCUCCGUGCGUUCAAUCAAACGACGCUUCGGAAACCUCCAGACCACGGACGUUCCGCCGCUGGGUUUUAGUGCCACGGAUCAGAGGCUGAGUUGUUAUGAUGGGGAAUCCGAGCUGAAAGAGUUGGAGAAAGUCCCGGAAGAUGACCGCGCGCCCGCGCAGACCAAGGCGCUGAAUGAGUAUGACGCGCAAAUGUGGUGCCGCCCGCGCCUUCCCUUAAGGCGGCCCGACGGGGAAGUCUUCUCGCUGGGCGACGCCGGCGACGCCCCGCGACAGUCAGUCUACGGGAUGCCCAUCUCGAGCUUCGCCGUCGGUAAGUGUCCGUCGCGCAGGCGCCGAGCCUCCCUCGGGGCGUCCGAGCGCGAGCCUCCCGAAAGCCAGUCUGGACGGAGCGCCGCCGCGGCGCCAUCGGCCGAGGCGGCAGCCGCCGAGGAUGCCGGCGCGGAUGAGUGGGGAACCUCCUUCGCCAACGACGCGAGGUCGUUGGCCACGGAGAUCUUCGUCCACAUCUGCGGCGAUUCGCGCCGUAAGUACCCGGGCCCAAAGAAAGUCCAGCAGAUCUGCCGCCACGGCUUCUACUACAUAGAGGUGCUGGGCGAUUGGGGGCAGCGAAAAGAGGGGAUCUCCUUCCGACGCCGGGGCAAGGCUCUACGCAACCAGAUUUUCAUCGUCAAGGCCACGAAGCACGGAAUGCAGGGCAGGCUGCUGAUGCUUCAGGAACACCCUGUCGAGGUGCAGACGAACUACGCGGGGGCCGCAUGUAUCCGCUGCAACCUUGACGCCCAGAGCCUACGUCGAGUUCCCCCUGAGAGCCUCUGGAAGAACGGAGAGGGGCCGUGCCCGCACCUGCCGCCGGGCGACAAGGAGACGUUCGGGCACAUGGGAACAUGCGAGUGGGAUGGCGAAGAGUACGCAUGGAGGACAAGCGUUGGCGACGAUUGCCGCGACGGCGAGCAGUGGGCCGACGGCAACUCGCGCAAGGACUGGCACUGUGGCGGCGAGCAUCGCGACGCCCCCGGCGACCCCGAUGACCAUGCCUGCGAGUGCCUGCGCUGCGAGCGCACGCCGGCGUCAACGGCGGCCUUUGCCGACGCUAUCAACACUGGCUUCUAUGUUAACAGCUGCGCCACGAAGCAGCGCCCCACGAUGGGCGGCGCCCUCGAGAACCUACGGAAGGGGAUUGAGCGCCUGGAGAAGAAGAGAGAAGAGGAUCGGAAGGAGCUCGAGAAGAGGCGCGCGAGGGGCGAGCCACUGGUCGGCGAGGCGGCAGCCAAGAGAGCGCACCUGGGGGACUCAGUGUUCAAGCAGACCAUGCAGACCAUCAAUCGGCUGUCUUCUUCUUACCGACGCUGCUAUUGGAAGAGCGGCCAGGAGAUGAUUUUCCCGAUGCUCCACGGCCACGUGACUUUCGCGAGCCAGAGGUGCUGGGCCGUGUACGUGAAGAAGGGCGUGUUCCAGGCUGCAAAUGCGCGGCGCAAGCGACACGGGUCGAGCGCGCGCCACACAGCGAUCAAG